GGCCAAAAGAGGGCAGCAAUGUUACGAAGAACAUUCCUACUGUUGCAAAUGACCAACGAAGAAGAUUAAAGAAGCGGAAGUUGUGGACUGCACUCUUAUGGCAGCCAUUCGUAGCCAAAUAACAUUUUUUAAAAUGAUGGUUAAUUUAUGAUAUCCAUUUUAUUGAUGAUGGACUCUCCAAUGCUGCGCUGGGUUUAAUUUUAAGGUGACGCCAUGCUCCUAGAGCCCACAGCAGCUCAAAAUCGAUUUGUUUGAUAGACAACACAUCAUCUUCGCUGUCGCCAUGGGAACCACGAUGAGUGAGCCGUGUAUUUAUGAUAAACUUUCUGAGAGCAUCGAUAUUCUGCGCCAGUCGGGCUAUCGGUACGGCAUGUCGGAGAGGGAGAUUGAGAGGUUCAUCAAGCAAGUUCUGGAGACAAAUGAGCCGAGGAGAGAGCCUCCCCAGUUCCCCAUUCUGAGAGCUACCAUAAAGUUUGUGGUGGCAGUGGGCGUCUUCCUGCUGGUGGUCCUGGCAUUUACCUACCCUCAGAGUGCGCCCCAAUUGGGUCUGUCCAAUUUAGGAUGUUACAACUGGUCAUCCCCCUUGAGCCACGUUCGCCUAUUGUCUCUGCCUAUUGCCAAGAAGUACAAUCUGCAAGGUUUCCAUGAAUGGUGGAGCGCCGGCUCUCUCAGACAGAGUUUGGUAAACUGUUCGGGAUGUGCAGAGAUCUCUUCAGUGCUGGAAGUCCCAGAAAGCCUCAGAGGCACUGUGGCUCUGCGAAGGGGGCCACAGCUUGUUCUUCUAAAGGGUGGGGAGUCCCUCACUGUCCAGCGGCAGCAACUUGAGGAGCUCUACUUAGCCCAUUCAGGCUCUAUGUCCAUCUUGCUGGAGGAGGAGGAGGGUCUGCAGAACAACAACAUUGGACUCCCUGAAGGACCUGCCAACUUCACUUUGCUUUGGAGGUUCAGUUCUGGGACACGGGAGAAGGUGCUGAGGUGGCUCUUCCCAAAGGCUGAGCUCUGCCCCCUUCUGGACAGUGCAGGCACCAUUCUGCAGCGCUGCCUGGUCACUCACAGCACAAACUCCCAAAGCAAGGGUGUUGAAGUGCUAGGCUGGCUCGUGGUGGGUGAGGGGCUGCCAACAGUUCGAGUCCUGCCUGUUCAGCGCUGCCAGAAACACUGCAGCUCCUUCAAUCUGUGGCUGACUCCUGGAGACAUGGUGUAUGCUGACCCUCGGUACUGGCAGAUGGAGCUCUUUCCUGGUCGAGGCCAGAACAUCAUUUGUGACGGGUCGGCCUAUUAACGAUCAGGAGAAGUGACAGAGCUCAGGAAGGUGAACGUGUGACUUCUUCUUGAGACGCUUACUGAAGUUUCUGUGGCCCCAGCCACUGAUGCCUUAAAGCCUUCUGGUCUUUUUUUCUGAGACUGCAGCCAUCUGGUAAUUAACUACCGUCUGGUGAGCAACUACUGCACAAAUGACUUCACAUUGGGGGGAAAAAGGGAUCUCCUGCAGGUUUCAAGGUUUCAAGGGUUAAAGGUCAGAAGAUUGACACAACUUUGUCCUUAAGUUAACAGCAAAGCAUCAGCAGUCAGUAAACUCUCUGCAUCAACAUCUUUUAAAUAUUGUGGGUGCUUGUGCCAUAACGUUGGGCAGAAUUUUGCAAUUUAAUUAAAAAAAAUAAUUUUCUAUAUAUUGUUGGAUUUAUCUGUAAUUCAGAAGGUAGAGAAUCCUUGUGGAUUACACUGGUUUCACCAUACUCAUAAAUUACAGCCUAAAGUAAAAUGUAAGAUCAGAUUUGUACACUGGUGUAGUAAACGAGUCGAUCUGAGCUGCUUAGGCAGGUAUAAUGAUCUGUAUUGGGCUCAUAGCAGCCAGUGUGUUUACUGAAAGAGGUUUCACCUGUUCUUACUGAUUACACGCCCCUCCAACCACCACCAGCACCACCACAUGAGAAACAAAAUGGAAUUUCAGGCUGAUUUUCUAUAAUGUGCUUGAAAGUUACUAUUAUGGCAAUCACUCAUUCAUCACUCACUAACUAUCUGCUUUUCCUCGUAAGGGUGGUGGGCACGCUGGGGCCUAUUCCCACUGUCAGUCUGGCAAGGGGUUCAACCCCACAGGUUUUAUGGCAUUUAAUUUCUGAUUAUUAAUAUAAGAAAAGGCUAAACAACAUAUUCUUUUAAUUAAUAAGCGUUCAGUUCAAGGCUUUUUUUCAGGUAAUUAGCCACAGACCAAUAAGGUUAGAAAAUAUAUUUUUAUUUACACCAUCCUUAGGUGCAGUUUAUGACAAAGGGGUAAAAACUCUAACGCACCAAUGCUGUGGGCUGUUCAGUACAACUUUUUUGUUUUAGUUUCAUUUUAGUCAUAAUAAAUAUGUGGUUGUUCGCUACAUGCUGAAGUGCUGAGACACAGCUUCACGUUCUGCUCAUCACGGUUCUGUGCACUGUGUUUAAGGGCCAGUUCACCCUUUACAUCUAUUGUUGGUUACCUCUAGUGUCUAAUACAGGGUUAUUAGAACUACACCGUUGUUUUACUUGGACAGAAACGGAAUAACAGACAAAAGGGAAGAAUGGUUUUAGGGUUUCUUUCUGUAAUGUGGGUGAACUGUCUCCUUGACAGCCAGCUGUUGCUCAGACCUCCUUUUCACUCUAAAUGUCAUUUAUUAGUACAGUUGUUUUUUAAUUUUGGAGAUUUUUAUAGACAAAGCUGCUUAUGUAAUUUCAGUGUUAUUUAUUAUGUUGUAUGUAUAUAUGUCCAAGCCAUUAAUUUUAAUAAUCAUGUUAUAUGAUUUAACUUUUCACUAUCACUUGUGAUUGAUGAAGUUUUGUCCCAUUAACAAACCAGUGCAGCCGCAGAGGAAAUAUUUUGUGUUUAAGAAGUCUUAUGUUAAAUCAGUUUGCCAAAGUUAAUACCUGUCAAAACAGAAUUUUCUGUGUUUUAAAGAGUUGCUGCCCUGGUUUGGUUUUAAUGCUUUAAACUAUUUUAGAGCACUGCUGCUAAAACUAAGUAAGGGGGUGAUUUAUUUAAAACAACUGCUUUGCAUAUAGAAAUGUCAUACUUUUAUGAAAAAAUUAAAACUUAUCAUGUA